AUGCCGGGCAAGAGAGUCGCGGCCCUGCUCGAGGACCUUCCCGAGGAGAUCGUCGACCUCAUACUCGUCCGGUUGCCGCCCAGGGACGUCGGCCGCUGCCGUGCCGUCUGCAGGUCGUGGCGCGGUGCCACCUCCAUGCCUGAAUUCAUGCUCGAACACCAUCGCCGCCAGCCGCCGCUCCCCAUCAUCGACGGGUUUGGGCGGCCUGCCAGUCUCGUUGUCGUCCGUGAUGCCGGCUCGGUAACCACCAAUCAGCAGCUCUGGCCUUUCGUCCCAGGUCUCAAACACCGCAACGAGAUUUGUCUCCAAGGCACUUGUGAAGGUUUCAUCGUCGUCUCGUGGAGAGAUAAAUUCUACAUAUGCAACCCAGUCAUCCGCAAGCAUGCUCUCCUGCCGCGGCCUCGAUUUGGGCAAGGAAUCCGCAACGCCGUAGUUGGUUUCUACCGGCAUCAUCCAACCGGAGAACAUAGGGUGCUUUGGGUCUCAGAAUCAAAACACUUGUCUGAGUCCAGCUUAUACGUCCUCACAGUUGGAUCCGACGAGCCGAGACACGUCAGAGUUAGAAUGACAACAGUCUCGUCGGCUUCCAACGAACAGUUACUGAUGGCGCUAAAAUGUUCGAAGUCAAUCCAGCAUGGGGGCAGUUUGCACUGGCGUCAUUUUGGGGAUAGAGUGAGAAUAGAAGAUGGUGAAGAUAUUAUUGUGUUCGAUACAGAAGAUGAAUCAUUCUGGUGGAUGCGUAGUCCUGCCCAGUUGUAUGAUGCGGAGCAGUUGUUCGACAUGAAGGGGGCGCUUGCUUUCUCAGGCUUCUCGGGCGGCAUCCUUCCCAAACACCCCACUCUGGAUGUGUGGACGAUGCAGGAUUACAAGGCCGAAAUUUGGUCCUUUAAGUACCGUAUUGACCUGCCGAGGGUGGAGGCAUCACGACAACUUGAUUUAAUUUCUCUCAAAAGGAAAAGGAGGACACCACUUGAUACAAUGGUGAGGUGGUUCAAUGAAAUGGUGGUGCUCAACGAGCGUGAGCUUUUGAUCCAUUUUAAUAGUAAAUAUGCGUUACGUUGCGAUAUCAAUGGCAAGUUCUUGGGAAUGGUGAACAUUGGAAAGAAACAAUAUUGUAUGUUUUUUACUGAGCAUUGCCUCCAAGAGAGCAUAAUCCCAAUAAUUCCGUCUCAUGAGAUGCAAGAAGAAGAUGAGGAUCCUCCAUUCUCCACAAGGCAUGUCUGA